AUGGCUCCUGCGACUCCAAAUACUGCUCUGGCCGAUCAACUCGUUGCUUCCCUCUUGCCCAAUGGCACCUCGGCUUCCAGGCUGAGAAAGCACAACGAUGCCUUUUCAAGAAGGUUGAAGAGUCACAACUAUGCACGGACAAACCAGUUCGAAGUCGCAAGAAAAUUCGAAGGGUUGCAAGAGAAAUUGCAGAUCCUCAACAACAUAGCUCGCAGAUGCCCUUCACAAAAGUCUGAUCUACUGCUGCGCCUCUCUGAUGAACCGACGGAUAAGACCAGGAUUGAAUGGCUUGCUGAUAUUAGCAGUGGCUCAGCAGUGGUGCCGUCGUUGACAUGGGCCGAAAUUGAAGCAGUUGAUCCUGUAGACCGAAGCGAUGAUAUAUGGACAAUUGCCUGUUAUAGCGACCUCAGCUCUGAUGACGAUGCAGUCGAAGUAGUACCCACUUCGGACGGUAAGGUUCCCCAAUCCGAAGAGCAAGAGGUUUGCCUUCAGGCGAACUUCGAGCCUCUUGAUCCUGAUUCGGGAUCCAAGGCAUUGGCCCGUCUGCGUGAAGACCAAUUUUGGCGGAAUGUCUCAACCGAUUCAUACCAACUUACAGAGCUUCAAGUCAUCCGAGAGAUCUUGUUCAUGCUUCAGGGGCUUCCAACGGCUCUCUUUUGGAGAGUAGGAAAUCGGUACGAGAUCGACCAGCGUUUUCAUCUGAACAACUGCAGCCGAGAAACUUUUCUGGACAUUUUGUCUGAUUUUGGUGAUACUGCAAAUCGGCUUGAUCUACUCCGAAGUUAUGCUAACAAACCACAAUCCCAGCAUGUUAUGCAGACUUUCCGUUCAGCCUUGGAAGAUACGCUGCAGCACGUUGAUGGUCGGUUGUCUGCCUUGGAGCACAAGAUUCUUGUAGAUGAGAAUGACGCAGCUGCAACUAUGAUACAGCUCUUUGCAGCUGUUGGCAAGAUUGUGGAAGUCUGUAGCCCCCUUGCACAGCUCAUAGCAGACAUAGGGCCUGAGAGCAUUGAUGUCGUUCACUAUCUGGAGAUAGUCUUCGAUCGAGUCUGCCGAUCACAAACAAGUGGCGAUGAAGUUGGUUUUGGAAGUUUAUCAACAGUCUUCCUCCAAUGUUUCGACAGCUAUUUCCGACCUCUGCGAGAAUGGACGGACCAAGGCACCGUUGGUGACCGCCAGACAGUGAUGUUUGUCACCACAUCCGGACUCAGCCAGGAUCCCUCGCAGCUAUGGCAAACAUGGUACCAACUGGCUGAUGAUUCUGCCCCAAAUCGCUGUCCCAACUUUCUACAAUCCGUCAAGGCACAAAUCUUCAGAGUUGGGAAAUCGGUCGUCUUCCUGCAGCGUUUGAAUAGCCCCCAUGACAGAUUUGGCGACUCUCCAGUGCUCACACCUCCGGAGUCAGUUCCCACGAGCGCAAAUUCUCUGGUACCAUUUGCGGAGAUUUUGGCAACUUCUGUGCAAGACUACGUCGAAUCGCGUUUGCAUGUUGUCACUCGCACAUUACGAGGUCACCUUGGCAAUAAUUGCGGUCUUUGGAAGACUCUUGACGCCCUUCAUUCUGUCUACUUUGCUAGCAAUGGCUACGUUACCGAUUUAGUGGAUACAAAGAUCUUCACUGCCAUCGAUAGGUGCGACAAGAAUUGGAAUGACCGUUUCCUACUCCGAGACCUCUUUCAAACCAUCUUCAAAUACGUCCAAUGCGUCGAAAUCGAGCGGCUUUCCAUAAGGUCCACUUUUAAAUCCUCCGGACAGAUGUCCCAUCGCCGACAAUCCAUGAAACUUCUCAAAGACAUACAAGUUCAAUAUAAGCUGCAUUGGUCUGUCGCCAACGUGCUCACCCUACCCUCGCUUGCAUCGUAUCAGCGAGUAUCAACAUUCCUAACCCAGAUCCGACGAGCGAAAUACAUUCUAGAGCGCCGCAGCUUCUUUCAAGUGCGUGCAGGCAGACCCAACACUACUCUUCAAGCGCAAAAUCUCAAUCUCAUGCUCCACCACAACCUCCUCCUCUUCGUCAACACUCUGUACAGCCAUUUCACAACUCUUGUCGUAGAAGUAGCCAACUCCAAGCUCCAACAGGAUCUAGCCGACGCUGCCGAUAUCGACGCAAUGAUCGACACUCACGACCGAUACUGCACAGAUCUGGAAGAAGCAUGCCUGACGUACAAGAAGCUGAAACCAAUCCAUGACGAGAUUGUCUCGGUUUUGGAUCUCUGCAUCCGGUUCUCAGACCUGAAUAACCCCGCCAGCGGUGGGAGAAGGCGCACAUCUUCCGACGCACGCUCUUACGCCUCGGCCAUGAGUCACCAGCAACGCCGUCAGCUCCGGGACGGCGUCGAGAACAACUCUUCGGACGAGAUCGAUAGCGACGACGACGACAACGACGACGAUGAUGGGGAAGGGUACUCGACAUUCAUAAUCCCGGAGGACUCUACCUUGGUGCAUCAGUUACGGAAAGUGAGAGGCGACUUCGAGAACCACCUUUCGUUCGUAGUUGCGGGGUUGAAGAGCAUGGGAAGAGUAAGCGCGCAGGAGGAGGGGAGGUACUGGAAUAUCCUCGCAGCGAGGUUAGACUGGCGAAAGAGCUCACGGUGA